CAAACCGACUCGGUCAUUAGCACGAGCUGUCAGUUUGUGUUGAUGUAGCUUUCAUUUAUAAUUAUUGUGUGGAAUAAUGCGAAUGCAUUUUUCCAUUUUUCCUAAUUGCUGAAAAUUUUAUAAUUGUCGAAACAAUUUUGGAAGUGAGAACGUGAAAAAGUUUUUAGAACUAAUGAAAAUGACGCCAAUUAUGAUGGACUAUGAUUUUAAAAUGCGAACUCAGGCAGAACGCACAAAGGUGGAGGAUUUGUUUGAGUUCGAAGGAUGUAAAGUUGGUCGCGGUACAUAUGGACAUGUAUACAAAGCACAUCUCAGAGAAGAAAAUGAUAAAAAGGACUAUGCGUUGAAACAGAUUGAAGGGACUGGACUCUCUAUGUCAGCGUGUCGUGAAAUUGCGUUGCUACGUGAACUGAAGCAUCCGAAUGUGAUCAAUUUGAUUCGUGUAUUUUUGUCACACACCGAUCGAAAAGUAUGGCUGUUAUUUGACUAUGCCGAACAUGAUUUAUGGCACAUAAUAAAAUUUCAUCGAGCAGCGAAGGCGAACAAAAAACCGGUUAUCGUUCCAAGAGCUAUGGUUAAGAGUUUAUUAUUUCAAAUUCUCGACGGGAUUCACUAUCUUCACAGCAAUUGGGUACUUCACAGAGAUUUGAAACCGGCCAAUAUUCUUGUGAUGGGAGAAGGUGCCGAAAGAGGACGUGUUAAGAUUGCCGAUAUGGGAUUUGCACGUUUGUUUAAUGCACCACUGAAGCCAUUGGCCGAUUUGGAUCCAGUUGUAGUAACCUUUUGGUAUCGUGCACCGGAACUUUUGUUGGGCGCACGUCAUUACACCAAAGCAAUUGACAUAUGGGCAAUUGGAUGUAUUUUUGCUGAGCUUCUAACAUCCGAGCCGAUUUUCCAUUGUCGUCAAGAGGACAUCAAAACAAGUAAUCCAUACCAUCAUGAUCAACUAGACCGGAUAUUCAAUGUAAUGGGAUUUCCACAAGACAAAGACUGGGAAGAUAUUCGUAAAAUGCCCGAACAUCAUACUCUUACAAAAGACUUCAAGCGUAACAAUUAUGCACAAUGCUCACUGGUGAAAUACAUGGAGCGACACAAAAUUAAGCCGGAUAGCAAAUCAUUCCAUUUGUUGCAAAGACUGCUGUUAAUGGAUCCAAAUAAGCGUAUCACCUCAGAACAGGCCAUGCAAGAUCCAUAUUUCCAUGAAGAUCCACUGCCGACCAGUGACGUUUUUGUUGGAUGUGCGAUACCAUAUCCAAAACGAGAGUUCUUAACCGAAGACGACCAAGAAGAUAAUAAGUCGGAUAAAAGGCAAAACCAACAAAAUCAUCAAACACACCAGCAACAGCAUAACCAAUCGACUGUUCAACAACAGACCAAUGUACAACAACCACAACAAACAACGCAACAACAGCAACAACAACACAUGAUUCAACAGCAAAUACAACAACAAAUGCAACAACAGCAACAACAACAACAGCAACAGCAGCAACAGCAACACCAACAACAUCAACAACACCAAACGCAUGGUUCACAUCAACCAAAUCAACUCGUCCAACAUCAAAUGCAUGUUCCUCACCAUCAUCCACAACAAAUGAUGAACACACAUCAUGACAAUCCGGCUAAGAGAAUGCGAAUACAGCAUCAACAACAUACACAACAACCUCAUCCUCAAAUGUACAGCAAUCAGCAACAACAAUCUCAAUCGAAUUUCCAACAAAGAUUUUAAACUAAAAUGAUAGUACGUUUAAGUUUUUUUUUAUUAAAUUAACAACAAAAUCAAUCACAGCUGUCCGCUGUACUGUUCAGUAUGUAUCGCAGAUUUAAAUUGUCAAAUUAAUAAAU